GGAAAUUAAUAAAAUGUUCUCUUCCCCGUUUUGUUGAUUUAUUCGUGAGAAAAUCUUUGGACGGCCAAGAAUGACAACAGCAGUACUAGUCCCUCCCGUUUGCUCUGCUUCUUUAUUGGAUAAAGGGCAGCUGAGACUCCGCCAUUGUUGUUCCCCAAUUCAAGCUUUUUCGCCUUCUCAAUCAUCUUCUUCUGACGUUAAACGCUUUAGAAUUAAAGCCCUCAAAGAGAAAACAGAGGAAAUCAAAAACCCCACUUCUUCUUCUUCUUCUUCUUCUUCUUCUUCUGCUGCUGCUGACGAAAUUACCAAAAAGUACGGUCUCGAGGCUGGUCUCUGGAAGAUAUUUAGUUCAAAAGAGGAAGGAAAGGAAGAUGGGGAGAAAAAGAAAUCGAAGGGCGAUCAAGCGAAAGAGCUGUUGGCGAAAUACGGCGGAGCAUAUCUGGCCACAUCCAUCACUCUCUCAAUCAUCUCCUUUUCCCUUUGUUAUGUUCUAAUUGGCGCUGGUGUUGAUGUCCAAGCUUUGCUGCAAAAGGUAGGAAUCUCAGCUGACGAGACAGGAGAGAAAGUGGGAACAUUUGCUUUGGCUUAUGCUGCACACAAGGCUGCGUCUCCCAUAAGGUUUCCUCCGACCGUUGCUCUCACUCCCAUUGUUGCCAGUUGGAUUGGAAAGAAGGUCGAAAAGGAAGACUAGUUUUUGUACCACUUUUCUUCUUCCUUCAAAAUCUUCCAAAACAUACGAGAUUUUGCACUUUACUCGUACUAAUGUAAACUAUUCAACAAAUAUCAAGUUCUUAACUGAUGAGAA